AUGCAAUAUAGGAAAGACACCGGAGGAGACGAUGACUUUGAAAUUAAGCAGCAGUUAAGCAGUCUUUUAUUUGUGAAAGAUUUAAUUGAAAGUCGUCUCAAGUCUAUAAACGAGGGAAGUUUUGACUCCGACUCGAAUGGCAUUCCAACGCAAAUUGAUUGGAAUAAUACCAAACUAUUUUCACUGCCAUUUGAUGUGGUGUUGAAGAACAAUAUCGGUCUCUCAUAUUUCAUUGAAUUUAUGUCGAGUAUCGGCGCUCAGGGAUACGUCUACUUCUAUUUGAAUGUCGAGGGAUUCAAAGUGUCUGCUGAACAACAGAUAUCAGAAGCAGAACUGAUAAAAAUGGGAAAAUGCAAUGCAAACAAUUGCGUGCAUUUGGAUAGUCUUAAAGAGGCGGCCAUUAAUAUCUACGACACAUAUCUGUCUGAAAAGGCUUCGCAUAAACUGAAGUUAGAGGAAACCAUUUGUAAGAACAUUCACUCGAGAAUUAUGACCGAAAAGUUGUCGGAGAAUUGGUUUGAUUCGGCACACCAUCAGGUCUAUGACAUUAUGAUGAAUAGCGAACAGUUCUUCGCCGCCUUCAAGAAAAGCAAUCAUUACGUGAAACUAUUAGCAGAACUCGAUUUACUCAAAGAUCUCAACGGCAAACAAGAAGAAGAUUGUGAACCUUUGGCCAAAUGUGAUGACAACGACAGCAAUUCGAUAUCAUUUGACGACUGCGAUAGUCUUAAUUCAUUAGAAGACAUUAUUCUCACAUCUGAUAACAUUUCCAUCACAAGUGAUGGUUCGGGUAAUUCAAACUCAACCACUUCUGGUUACAGCACUUCUAACACCACAUUACACGUGAGCGAAGACAUUGAAGUGAGCGCUGAGAUAAUCAAAACAGGAGUGGUUAGAGAGUUCGGCAACGCUUACGCCGCUUAUGUCAUAAAUGUUACCAAAAAGACUAUUAAUUCGCCCGAAGAAAAGUGGGUUAUUUUGAGGCGUUAUUCCGAUUUCCAUGCAUUCCAUCAGAAUAUUACCGACAAAUUCCCAAAUCUAAAGAGUCUAACACUUCCAGGAAAGAGAACUUUUAAUAAUAUGAAUAAAGACUUUGUUGAACAGCGAAGACAUUUGUUGAACACAUACUUAAAUCAAUUACUUAAGAGUUCUAAUACGAGAUCAGAUCUUAGAGAACAAGUGCUGAACUUUUUCAGACCCGGAAAUUAUGAAAAAGAAAAGUUUCAGUUCUCGAAAAAAGUUCAAAAUUCAAUUUUUAAUCCAUUGAAGACAUCGGUUAUGAAUGUGGGAAAUGUGAUGAAGAAUAGUUCGGGUAAUCUAUUGGACGGUUUACAACGACUGAGUCGAUUGGGUUCAGUCCCGGCGCCCAAUUCAACGCAAUCUCUUCACACCUCUAAAAGUAGUUUUAGAUUAAAUUUUCAAAACGAUUCACAAAAUACUAAUCCAAAGUUGCAAACAAUGACUCCAAUCGAGAGCUUAAAAGUGUCCGCAAAUCUAGACAUUGAUAGCGAGGAUAAUAUUCCGCUAAGAAUUAUGUUAUUAUUAAUGGACGAAGUGUUUGAUUUGAAGAAUAAAAACUUAUGGCUUCGGCGAAGAAUUGUCACAUUCUUGAGACAAAUCAUUCAUAUGACAUAUGGAGACGCCAUCAACAAGAAAAUCAUUGAUUACGUCGAGGACUUGACAAACUCUCCGUCGAUCGCCGAUUACAUCAAAGCUUUUAAGAAUUCGUUUUGGCCAAACGGACAGUUGGCUCAACCACUUCCAGCCCGGAGUCAGAGCACUAAAAUGCGUACAAGAGUUGCCGCAAAAAUGUUGUUAUUAACAAAUGACUUGAAGCGCAUUAUAGGCAGUGAGACGAGUCGUAAAGGAUUAAUGUGUGUCUUCGAGAUGUUUCAACACGAAAACCUCAACCGAAGACUGGUUUUAGUCCUGUUUGAAGGCAUUCUUCAAGAGUUGUUCCCUAACAACCAUUUCGACCAAAUAUUUCAAAAACUUCACUCAAAGUCCACUCGAAUUCCUGAAUCAGAGAAUAAGGCCAACAAUUGGCCGCCAUAUCUGUACAAGUUUUUAGGAGUGGAUAAGUCGGCGCUUAAAUCUCCCACAAAGUCACCCAUUCAUAGACGAAAGAAAACAUAAUAUUUGUUAUAUAAAAAGCAUAAAUUUGUUUUAAUGACCCAA